GCCUCCAGCCGGGGAGACCCUCAUCCCUGGCUGUCCCCCAACUGCGCGUCCCCAUCCCACACCCGCGGCCGAGCCACCACUAGUGUGGCGGUAUCUGCUUGGAGGAAGAACCUUGACCUGUCUCCCAGCCCCUCUCUACAGCCUCUUUGCAUCUCGGAUUUCGGGGCAGUCCCCUCCCCCACCUCUCCUUGCCUCUUUGCACCCCGAGUUUUUCUGCGUUUCGCUAGGGUUUUGCAGCCAUCUAUUUUUGCAUCUCUUUUUGUUUUGUUUCUAGGAGGUUAAGGGCGAGUGAAGCUGCAUUCACACCCCUUCCUCUUUUUAUCCUUCCCUGCUCUGACGACCCCCUUUUCAUCGCAAUAGGGGGGCCUAGGAUCGGUGCAUCCACGCCGCGCUUCUGGCAAGCCGCAGCGCGUGGCCGUGCACCCGGGAAUUUGCAGCAGCUGCAUAUCUGAAGAGGGUCUCUUUCGUCCCGGCUGCCCUUGCUCCCGACGCGUUUCGGUGCGGGAGGGGAAGGCUUCAGUGCACGGAACCUCAGCUUCUCCGUAGCCCCCAGCCCUGUGCGGGAUUCGUCACCCUCCGCCGAGAUGGCCAUCCAGAAAGAGAAGAAGAGCUGCGGGCAGGUGGUUGAGGAGUGGAAGGAGUUCGUGUGGAACCCGAGGACGCACCAGUUCAUGGGCCGUACAGGGACCAGCUGGGCUUUUAUCCUCCUCUUCUACCUUGUCUUCUAUGGCUUCCUCACGGCCAUGUUCACCCUCACAAUGUGGGUGAUGCUGCAGACUGUCUCUGACCAUAUCCCCAAGUACCAGGACCGGCUGGCCACACCAGGUUUGAUGAUUCGUCCCAAGACUGAGAAUCUUGAUGUCAUUGUCAACAUUAGUGACACUGAAAGCUGGGACCAGCAUGUUCAGAAGCUCAAUAAGUUCUUGGAGCCUUACAAUGACUCCAUCCAAGCCCAAAAGAAUGAUGUCUGCCGCCCUGGGCGCUAUUAUGAACAGCCAGAUAAUGGAGUCCUAAACUACCCGAAGCGUGCCUGCCAGUUCAACCGGACCCAGCUGGGUGACUGCUCUGGCAUCGGGGACCCCACUCAUUAUGGUUACAGCACUGGGCAGCCCUGUGUCUUCAUCAAGAUGAACCGGGUCAUCAACUUCUACGCAGGAGCAAACCAGAGCAUGAAUGUUACCUGUGUGGGGAAGCGAGAUGAAGAUGCUGAGAAUCUGGGAAGCUUUGUUAUGUUCCCUGCUAAUGGCAACAUUGACCUCAUGUACUUCCCCUACUAUGGCAAAAAGUUCCACGUGAACUACACACAGCCCCUGGUGGCUGUGAAGUUCCUGAAUGUGACCCCAAAUGUGGAGGUGAAUGUGGAAUGCCGCAUCAAUGCCGCCAACAUUGCCACGGACGAUGAGCGAGACAAGUUCGCUGGCCGUGUGGCCUUCAAACUCCGCAUCAACAAAACCUGAGGCCCCUUCCUCCUGCCCCCACCUCUUUCCUAUGGAUGCUUCUGGAAUGUCCCUGACCCUGCCUGAUCCCUCCCUCACCCACCCCAAAGGUAUUUUUUUAUAACAGAGCUAUGACUUGUCUGAACCUCAUGCCCUUUUCCUUCUGAACUCAGCGUGAUGUCCAUUGUGAUUCCCCACCUUCGCACCUUUUCCACUACCUUCUCCAGACCCUAGCUCAGUCAGACAGGGAGAUGGGAUCCCAAGAGGGUCACAUAGGAGCCAUUCUGGUUCUGGUUUAGCUGUGAGUGGGGUGUCCCUACAGCUACCCUUCUAUUCCGAGAGGACAGCUAUAGAAAACCCCCGCCCACCCACCUACACACACAUAUACAAUCUCAUUUCAUCCCUUAGCUUCCAGAAGGGACUGUGGAAGCACAGCCACCGUCACCUUUCUCUAUCUCCCACACUUUCUCCCUCAUCUACGCAGUUGCUGUCUUGGUGGCUUUUGACUUAUCUGGCUCCUCUGGGAGGUCUUUCCCCACCUCCUCUCCCUCCCCAUUCUCUCCUCAGGACAAGUGGUUCUGUGGCCUUUUUUUUUUUUACCCCUGGCACAUUCCACUUCUCAUCCUAAGGUGACUAUGUGAGCCAGGAGUGAGGGUCUGGAAGAGAAGUCCCUACUGGUUCUUGCAAAGUCUCUUCCUGGUCUGCCCUGUCACCCAAGGUGACAGAGAAGAGCUGACCUAGGCUCAAUAUCCACUUUGUUUUUGCCAAUGGCUCCCUUCCCCGUCUGCUUUCCCAGAAUAUCCUUCAAGUUCCACUUCUCAGGAGCCCCGGGGGAGGGGCAGCCAUUUUGGAUCAGUCCCCAGUGGCCGCCUUGGAAACAUCAGCCGGCUGUGGGACUAUUCCACCUCCUUCCCCGGGCUCAGAUCUGCCCCCACCAUCCUCUCACUGGCUUCUCUUAGCAAUUUAUCAACUAAUCACUAACUUCUUCCCUUUCCUCCACACGUUAGCCUGAAAGUUGCAAAUACCCUUUCAAUCUAGGCUCUGAAUAUCCAGGCUCCGUCUCCUUCAGAUCCUUUGAAUUUUUAAACAACCCCCUAAAGCCCAUAGAAUUAUAAAAGAGGGACCUCCUGUAUGCUCAAGUUACAGAGGCAUUUUAACUCUUUCUCCUCCAGUGCCCUUCACUUCCUCACCUCUCUAAUCUCUCUUUUCUUUUAUGAUGCUGCUGCCUCCACACCCUACCCACAAAUGGAACUUUUCCUUUUUUUCUCUUGCUGGAACUGAGUUUCUUCUCUUUGGGUCCCUGUGUUUUCCUGCACUCUCCUCUCCCCAGUGGUCUCUCUCUGCAGUUAUUUAAUGCCUGUGUCAGAUCUACUGUAAAAAGAGGAUAAAGUACAAUAAAAUGAGAGCAAUUAUAUAUAUAAAUAUAUAUCAUACACA